UCGAGUUUUUCAAGAAUGACUUCAGUUAAGACUGCCGUUCACAAUAAUAGUAACGGUUUCGAUCCAAUGAGCAGAUCUCGUUUUGAACAUAACGCAUGCGCAGUACAGUGUUUACAGUUUAACCGGCGUUAUAGUGAGUCCGACUGCUGGUCGAUAUUCAUUUAUCGAAGCUGCAGGAAAAUGGAAGGGGUAUUUAUCGCCGAUUAUAUAAAAAAGAAACGUCGUCGAAAGGGGAAAACGGAAUACUUGGUGAAAUGGAAAGACUACUCCACGCGACACUGUACGUGGGAACCGGAGGUGAACAUUCUCGACAAGAGUCUCAUCCGGCAGUUCGAAGAAGAGGGAUAUGACCCCAGGCGGAUUCGAGCUUGUGCGCGCAGGAAGAAGCGUCGACGUAGUGAGGUGACGGAAUCACGGCCGACGGCGAAUCUUUUCCUCAAUGAGCCGGAUACCGACUCGGAGGGUGAGACGGUCCCAAGACACCGACCACGUGACCUCUUUGGCUCGACAAAUGAAAAGAUAGCGUCAAUAUCUCUGUCGAAACGCGGGGACGUCUGGCGGCGAGAAUCGGAGGCAGAUGUUGGGGCAGACAACGCGUGGCCCGUUAAUGACCUCCAGCGCGCGACCGAACAAAAGACACGCGCCGGAGAGCUUGCCGACAUAAAGAAAGACGAGCUAAGUCCAAUAUCGACGAUUUCGGCGCUUAAACAGACGACGGGGAUUGAUAUAACAUCACUGCAUAAAAAUGGCGGGAAAGGUUGCCAUCCGAAGAUGCGAGCAAAAUUCAUGUUCAGAUCUGGCGAUAUGGAGACGUGUGGCUGGGGAUAUGACUGGAGCAGUUCUGACAACGAAAGUGUUAAAGCCCUGUCCCCGAUCAGUCAUGAAAGCCAUUCCCUCUCCGACAUUGUCGAGUGUCCAAAAAUGGAAGUGCAAAGUCGGACAUGCAUCGAAUCUCCGUCACGACCCCCGUUAUAUCGAACGUACAGCGAUAUCUCGGAAGCGUCAGACGAAUGCGGCGACGCGUUUAUUCUAGAAAAGAGCUAUGACAUUACGCCGUUGACAUCACCGGACGAUGGUUUCUCGUUUGCAUUUUACACGUGCUACAAUAACAAACAAACGGACGCUGUGGCGAGCGUAACGACAAUUGAAACCAACGACAUUCCUUUUCCGGAAGACAUGGAAACCGCAGUGCCGUGUGAAAAAGUUGCGUUCGAGUGCGAAGUGUACGACGAUGUGUGCAUGGUUACUAAUGACAACAACAACAACGACUGUGACAAUGAUUCUGGAUUUUCUAAUUCUUGUUCCGACGUGGAAUCGAUUGAGCCGAUCCCGAGUAAAAUCUGUACACCGUUUUACGACGAAGUCAUGUUCGACCACGCCCCCGACGUUGUGACGUCGCCGACUUGUAGCGGAAGUGACGUAGCGGUAACAGAGGUCACGUGUGAUGACGUAACUGUGAUAUUCCACGAGAGCAGAAAAGCAAAAGGCUUCUUUGAAUGGAAUUACUGAGCUAUCAAAUUUUUUUUUGUAUGUUUAAAACUUUCCGAUUGCCACCAAUUGCUAAACAACUGCGUCACUUUGAUCAUUUAAUUUCCUGACCAUAGCAAAUUUGCUCCUUCCAUAUGUGCUCUUAUAAACGCAAUUUUUAAGGAAAUUUUGAAAUUUAAUAUAAUUACAAUUAGCGGUACAAUUCUUUCUCGUCUGAUCCUGUCGUUCCACGAGUGAAUAACAGCAAAAUGUAACACUUAAGUGACAAAUUUCAUGUUGCAUAUAUUAAUAACACAAGCUACAAUGUACUUGAUGAUAAAACUUCAAUUGGGAAGCUUUUCUUUGUCUCUAAACUAUUGGAAAUUAGUUAAAAUAUACUAAAUUUAUAUAGCAUUAAUAUAGUUUAUUUUUUAACUGUGAAAAACAGAAGAAAUAAGACAUCAGCUCAGUCCUGUUGCACAAACUAGUAUUGUCGAAAAACUCGUUAUUUUAUCAGAUAAUAACAAAAUGUGGUUUUAAAUAUAGACACAUUUAAGUAUGCUAUAAACUAUCUCAGUAUUUAUAAUGCUAAUUAAAAUAUAUAUUGUUGCAAUUCUCAGCUUAGCGAAACUACUACUGCUAUGUAUAUCUGAAAUAUCCUGCGCUUACCAUAAAAAAACUAAUUUGACUCUUAACGGGUUUCGUCGAUAAAAGUACAAACCAGUAUAGCUUUGCGUAUCUUUCAUUACAUACACUUGUGAUCAACAAUACACUCGUCAUUAUCCGUAUUUUAUUUUCAAAAAGAACGGAUUUAUAUCCGUUAAUAAGGAUUGUUCUUAAUGUUUUUUCUCAAAUACAGAAAAAGUAAUUUAAGGGAGGACACCUUUCAUUGUUUGUGAAUUUAUUUAUAAGCGCGGAAGAUUAGCCUCCCUUACACUAAAAUCGUUUGAGCAAUUGUUUUAGUUGGUGUAGUACAAGUAGUAUAAGGGAAGCUACUGCGAAUAAUUAUUUUGACCUGCGUGGUUUCUGUUGCCAUAAUAUUUCGAACAAAGCUGAUAUGUUAUAUCGUUGUUAACCUGUUAUUGUUGUCACAUUGGCUCUGUUACUUUAAUAAACGUCUUAAAAGUA